AUGCCCGCCUCUUACGGCCAGCGCGCUCUGGGCGCCCUGGUGCUCCUGGCCACGGCGGCCGGCUUGAUGGCCGUGCUGGCCUCCAUGCUCAUCUUCCAGAUCCAGGCGGGGAGCCGGGCCGGGGGCGGCGGGGGCGGCCUGCCCGAGGGGGCCGGCCGGGUGCUGCUCCCCGUCUCGGCCGUGCUGGCGUCCCUCUGCCUGGUGCUCAGCCUGAGCGGCCUCCUCGUCAGUCUCUUGCACGGCUACUGCGGCGCCGAGCGGUGCGCCUCGCCAGGGGGCGCCCUGGAGCCCGACAGGGCUGACUGGUUCCUGCUGGACACCCGCAAGGUCCGCCAUGUUGCCGUGGGUCUGUUCUGCUGUGGAGUCUGCAUCUACCUCGCAGCUCUCUCCAUGUACAUGCUCGUCUCCUUCGAGGUCGAAACCGGGAUCACAAGCGCCUGCAUCCUGUCCUCGGGCAUCCUCGUGCUGCUGAUCACGGGGACCCACGUGCUGAUCCGAGCGUCCAGAGCUGCGUGGCGCGCUCGAGGCGAGGGAUCUCACACCCUCUACGAGAACGACUCAGCCCGGGGUGGCGACACCCCCAGUGCUCACCUCAACAACGCCAAGAAUGUGGUCACGCCGAGGCCGAGGCCAGAGAUUCACCGCGAGUUUUCAUAUCCACCGUACGUAGAGCAGGAGUCCCACCUUACCACCCCAGCGAGCAGCAACGUUGCCUCUUCGGGGAGUCCCGGGGCAACGCCUGAGAAGGAGAGCUACACCGUCCCCAGAAUGCACCGGACGCUAUCGGCCGAGUCUGGCCUCCUGCAGGCACAUGGGAAGCCGUGGAACGGAGUCACGCAAGAAAUGAGGAACGUCUUAUCCCGGAAGCUGGCCGGAUCUGGGAAAGAUUCAACUCUGGUGUAG